CGCAAACUCUAGAAAUAUGGAGACAUCGAGCAAACGAAUUCGUGGAAAUACACCGACCCAGUGGACAGAAGAACGCCGUUCCAGAUGUGCGCGAUGUUUCCUGUACAGCCAUCGUAACGGGCAAUGUCCGGCGCUAAACCGUAAUUGUAACAAGUGUGGGAAGCGCGGACAUUUUGUUGCAGCAUGUCGCCAGAAACAACUGAACACCAUGCAGUAUGAUCGCAGAGAAAGAUCCAUGGACAGUACAUCAUCGAGAGAACACGAAUACGAGAAUGCCAAGCAGGAAGUUAAUGCACUAUCCUUAGAUGACGUCUUGAUAGACUGCUCUGUCGGAUCUUCCAGUCCUAUAAGCUUUUUAAUAGACUCGGGUGCUGAUGCGAAUAUCAUUGGUGGGAAAGACUGGGAACAGCUUGAACGUGAGACCAGACAAGGCGUAGCAACGAUUGAAAUGAUUGGCCGUAAUUCAAGGAACAAAUUCCACGCAUAUGGAUCACAGGAUCCGAUAGUCAUCGAAUGCAGCUUCAAAGCUAAAAUCAAUACCAUUAAACCAUGUUCAUCGGAAUUGAUCAAACCUGCUAUCUUUCACGUCGUACUUAGAGGAAAAGAUCCUCCUUGGACGGUCUACUGCAAGCGACAUGGGACUGUUACUUAUCAGCAACAGCGUGAACAGCUGUGA